CUUGCCCAUUGAUUAUCUCUGCAAUUCAUCAUUUCUUAGUUCUUUGGCUUCCUUCUCUCUGGAAUUUCAAUUUGUGAAUCCAACGAUAUCCAGAGUCUACACCAACAGUGAUAAUUCGUAGAUGAAAAUGACGAUAAAAAAUUAUAGCCGAGAAGUUGCUUCAUUUCUAUUAGUAUUGUCGUUGUUUGUGUUGAUAAAUGCAGCCAUAGUAGCCUAUGCAUCGAAUUCUGCUGCGGCCUUUGUACAGAACGUCAUCCAUUCCCAAAAGAUUGUCAUCUUCUCCAAAUCCUACUGCCCAUAUUGCAUGCGUGCCAAGCGCAUGUUCAGUGAGCUACAUGAGCAACCUUAUGUUGUGGAGCUAGAUCUUCGAGAUGAUGGGGCUCAAAUUCAGUAUAUUCUUCUGGAUCUAGUUGGCCGACGCACUGUCCCACAGGUAUUUGUGAAUGGAAGGCAUAUUGGUGGCUCUGAUGAUCUCAAAGCUGCGGUCCAAAGUGGUCAAUUGCAGAAACUUAUGGCUACAGAUUGAUGGGAGAAGUGGAAAGUUGAGAAACAAUAGCUUUGAACUGAAGAUGUUGAAGGUACUAAAGAACUCUAUUAGAGCUCUAAGUAAAAUCUGUGGUGAGAGUAUAUUUCUGUAGCUCUAUAACACUAACAACUUAAUGUUGAUGACGAGUGUUAAGUUCAUCAGUUCAAAAUCAAAGAGUAGUUUAGCUUUAUCAUCAA